CAGCCUCGUGCGCAGCCGGCGCGCGGGGAUUAAGCGUUGAAGUGACGCGAGCGCGCGGCUCCAACGGUCGCGCCCUGGCCCGCGCGCUGCCCGCCCCGCUAUGGCGCAAUGAUUUGUUUCAGGGGAGGGGUUAAGCGCCCGCCCAGGGGCAUAAAUUCCACCUUGGAACCUGCCUGUGCGACAUAAUGUCUGAAAAAAAAAAUAUAUUCCUGUCAGUUUCUUAAAAAUAUUUGUACUGCCCGCAGAGAAAUACACCCCCCCCCCAUCCUGAACUUCCUCCUCAAAUCUCGACUUGAAAAUGUGAUUGGUGUUGUGGGAGAGAGUGCCCAAGGGAUUGUGUUCAAUGGUCAUUUCCCUCAUAAUUUUAAAAGUGUAAUUUGUCAGUUGCAGGUUUCACCAAAAUAAACAUCAAAAUUAGGCAAUUCUGUCAAGGACACACAAUUUACAAAAUAUUUUCAUUCCAAAUCCUCUCUGAACACGUGUUUUUGUUGCUAUCCCUCUGGGAAACUCAGACCAAUCAGGCUAUUGCUCCCUUUCCUCUGUUAGAUUUAAUAAGCAAGAUGUCAUGACUCUGUCACAGUCCCAUUUGGGCACUAUGGCUUUUAUCCCCCCUCGGACAGACACCCUCUUCUGGUUUCUCUUACUUGCUAGCUGUUUUAAUCUCUCCCCAGGCCGCAAGAUUGCUUAUCAGGUCAGAUUAACACCAAUUGACAGCUUUAAAACUGAUUCAAUGAAGUCAAGAAGAUCUAAACCCGAUAUUAUCAUAAUGCCAAAGGAACCAGAGGAAUUAUUGACAUCACAUAUGCACCAGAGCAAUGAAGAAAUUAAUCAAAAGAUGUUGAAGAUUCUGCAAGAUUUGGAACCAGCAGAAGUAAUACCUAGGAAACUGUUAGCUUUGAAGAAUCUUCAGGAGAUCAUUGCUCAGAAAAAGGAAAAUACUUAUGUAUACUCAGAUGUUUCAAAGAAGAUUAGGCAGACUUCUGAAAAAAGAAUACCUUUGAAAAAAAGAAGGAAGAGAUUAAUUAUAGCAAAGUCAAUACUAAGGGCUGCAAGAAAUGAUAGUUGGAUAUUCAGAAAAUAUAAUAAAACACAAAUAUGUGUGAUAGAAAACAAACAGACCAGGAAAGGCAAUAUUCAGAAACAAGAUAGGAAUAUAAAAUUUAGAAAUCAGAACCAAACUCCUAAAUGUGUCAGAGGAUUAUAUCUUGGUGCUAACAAAGCUGAAAACCAACAAACAUUAAAAUAUACUAAAAAUAAUAAAAACAGAAAAGCUAACUGGAGAAAAAAUAACUCAACUAGUAAUGCCAAGAAAGAGCAAAUGUUAGUACUGAAGGAAAGAAGAAAAAGAGAAAUACACAUACAGAAAAGAGUAAAGGUUUUUAAAAAUCCAGUAGAUCAUGAUAACUCAUCCAUCUGUUUCUCAGUUUAUGUUACACUAGAUACUGUUCAGAGUAAAUUAUCAAAAAGACUAAGGAGAAACCUAAUUGGUUUUAGAAGAAAUACAAGAGAAACAUCUUUGAAUAAUUUCUUGCAGAAAUUUGGUGAUUUUCUUAAACACCUUCCAAAACACAAAACACUUGGUAAUGAAAAAGUUACAGGCAUUGAUAUUAGUAUUAAAAUAAAAAAAUCCCGAAAUGACUCUCAUUUUCCCAUACGAACACAAAAACCAAACAUAAAUAUUUUAAUAUUAUCAAAAAGUACUUCUCAGCCUCCAGGAAUACUGUCCAUCCCAAAACAUAUGGGAACAGCUGAAAAGAAAAGAAAGAUGUCACAUGAGAAACCUUGGAAAAUUCCUCAUUCUGUUUCUUUGCAUAAAAUAAAGCAUAAUUCUGAGCAUAAAUUCAAACUCAAUACUUUUAAAACAAAUGAACAGAAUAGUAAACAAUAAAGCAGAUAAAGAUAUAGAAAUGGGAAUGGUAGAAAAAUCUAUGGACACAAAAUUACAGCUUUCAUUAGGUUUUUAAAAAACUAUGUAAAAUAUAAAAGUUUCUAAAAUUCACCAUAAAAUAGUAAAUGUAGAAUUGAUUACUACAAAAUCCCCAAAUUCACAGUAAAUUUGAGAAUACCAUCAUGAUGUCAACUCAUUUUAAGAGACAAAGGCAAGUAAUUGGCACAGAAAGGAAGCAAAUACUGCUAGCUUAGUUACUCAUUUGAAGUUGUCAGAAACAGUAAAACACAUACCAAACAAUCCUAUCAGCAGAUCGAAACAAAUGUAACUUGGCCACAUACAUGAACUGCUAAGAAAAUUAAAGACAUUCAUUAGGAUUUUUCCACAGCAGAUGCUGAAGCAAGCACAAGAAAAUAUCCAACGUUUAACCAAAACUUUUGUUCAAACCCCUUCAGAAACUCCUUAAUAUGCCUCAAUUUAAAAUAUUCAGGAAUUUUUUUAAAAAUCUAAUGAAAUGUUGAUAAAAGUAUAACAGUGUUGAAGUAAACAAAAUUCUCAUAUUGCAAGUUGGCAAGAAAAAAGCAAAGUUAAGCUCCAUAAAAAAUAUCUUCAAUUUAGUUUUAAUCUGUAGUAGAGAAGGAAAAGAAACUUUGAAAAAAAUGUGGAUUUGAACUUUUACUAGAAACAAAUCAUUAGUUUGUUUAAUAAAAAUAAAAAUUCUUCAUGCUAGUGUUAUUCAGUGAAAAGGAAUUCAAAUAUUUUAACCACCAAAAUCAAAUAUUAGAAGUUUGUUAGCCUUUAACGAUACUUUAUUAAAAUGUGGCUUUCUAUAGCUAGACUUUUAAGUUUAUAUUCAAAUAUAUUGAUUCUCCAUGUUUAUUCACAUGAGCAUGUAUAUCAAGCAUUAUAUCAAGUAUGUACAGUAGCCGAAGUUACUUUGCAUAAACAGUAAGCAAGUCCAUUAAACAACACUGCAUAAGUGUAGACUCUAAAAAGGCUGAUGACCAUUUGGACUCUAUUCCAAUAUUUUCACUUGCAUAUCAUUGACUUUCUUUUUGUCUUUGUAAUUUCUGCACAGGUCAGUGGGCCAAAUUCUGGCACUGCAAAAUAGGCAGCCUCCAGAAAACCCACAGCCAGAAAAGGGAGCACAAAGUAGAAGAUCACUAUUGCUCUCAGUCACAAUCAAAAAGUGGUUUCCUCACAGACUUUCCAUGACCAGAGCUGCAGAAGGUGCUUUAUAAGUCAUGAUCUAAAAGUCAGGAAAUAUGAUUGAGAUGUCUAUCCAUGUAUGCUCACUGAUGUGGACAUGCCUUCCACUCGGCCCCCUCUAUAGACAAGACUAGAAAUAGACUGUCAGAAGGAAUUGUGUCUAGGAUGAAUGUUGACUGGAAUACACAUUUACAUUAAUGCUAAACUACAAGGGCAAUUAGUGAAAUAAUUACUCUUAAUAUUAGUAUAAAUGAAAUAAUACUAUAUUGAGUCAAAGUACACAAUCACAUGUAUAAUGUUAAUUCUUGAAAUCAAGAGUGUUAAUUAGUCCUCAGUGGGAAGGCCACUUUGAAAAAUGAAGGGGCAUAUGCUGAAUAUUCAUUCAAUUUUUUCCCUAAGAUAGUGCUGAAUGGAGUUUAAUUCUAACCAAACAUCUUAGCAAUAUUCUGAUAACUUGCUAUCAAGGACGAGAUUUUGGUCUGUGUUGAAAACACUUUCAAAUGUAAUAUAGCUUUUGAACACUAACCUAUCAGGCCAUCUGUGUUGUAAAGAUUUGUACUGGAAUUCCUGUUUAUGGGUUUUUCCUCAUUUUUCUUCCUCUUAAAAUUCUGCUUUAGAGGAUAAAACUAUAGCAUGUAUUUACAAGAGAUAUAUUAUAACUAAUGUUAGGCUGGUUUCAGAGUUGGAGCUUUCAUAAGUAGUUAAUUAGAAUUAAUUGCCUCUUUUAUUGCAUAUAUCAUAAAUUCUAAGGGACAGUCUAUACCACUGAUAUAAUGUGUGUUAAAAUUCAAGGUCAAGGCAAUAAUUUGCAUUAAAAUCCCAUUAAGGGAUAUGACUACUGUGUAUGUGGAUGAGGGGAAGGGGAUGCUAUGGGUUCAAUGUGCAAAUCAAGUGGUUCCCAGAGAAUCUAUAAUAGGCUCUGGUCAUCCAUUCAAGGGCCCAAUGUCCCUAAGUUUGGACUCCCAGCAGCUCCCCAUAUAUUAUGGCUUUAUUGGAGAAUCUCUACUAUAGAUCCACUCAGACCACAGACUCUGCUUGAAAUUCCAUUAUAGUUUCAGUGGGUGCAGAAGGGUACAAAGUUUGCAUCCUCCUCCUGGCUUGUUCACCCUGCCCUGUAUUUUCUUUAGCAAUGUUAAAAUGGAUAAUUCUAUAUUUUAUCUAUAUAAACUCUUAUAUUUCCCCUGUUUAUUUCAGUGUACCUUUUAUCUUGCAUGUUCUUCAUAAAAUUAUUGUUCGUGUCUUAUAUUGUAUUUUCUGCUGUAUAUUUAUAUAAAACGUCUUUCGUUAUCCUUUUGAAAAUAUUCAUGUUUAACUGGUCGCAAAAGCUAUCUGCUUUAUCUGUUUUAGUACAGUUAACAAGAAAAUAGAAUGGGUAAAUGAAAAUAUGUAAUUUUGUGGACUAUCUUGUCAUUGAUUUUUAUGAAAAAUCCAUCUCUAAGAAUUCUGCAUGCAGAAUAUAUAGUGGGCAGGAUGGUAUAAUAAAUACUUUUGUUGUUCACAA